AUGAACGGAUCUGCCUUCUGGACCACAGCAAGUUAUGCCGUGCAGUUGCGCACAUUGAAAAGGGCACUUCUCCAGCAUGAUCUUCCGCGAACUGCUCCUCCUGUCACUCCCGCUUUCCUGCCCCUUGCUGCGUGCUCCCCAGCGCAGCGCCAAGUCCCCAGCCAGAACCUAGCGCAAGUCGUCAAGCUCUCGGGCGCAUGGGAACCCCUCGUUGAGGUCUCGAACGUGACGAAGCCCCGCCCUCUCGUCAUAUGGCAUGGCCUCGGCGACUCCUACAAUUCGCCCGGCAUUCUGGAGUUCAUUGCGCGCGUCAAGACCAUACACCCUGGCAUCUUUGUCCACUCUAUAUAUCUCGCUGAUGCGCUGGACGAUGAUAGGAGGGCGACAUUCUAUGGAAACGUGAACGAACAGGUUGAGCAAGUGGCAGCCCAACUCGCCAAUAUCACCGAAAUAGCGGACGGGUUCGACGCGAUGGGGUUCUCACAGGGCGGCCAAUUCCUCCGAGCCUACAUCGAGCGCCACAACGCCCCGCCAGUCCACAACCUCAUCACCUUUGGCUCGCAGCACAUGGGCAUCUCCGACAUCCCAGGCUGCCGGCCCUUCGACGUGAUGUGCCAGCUCGCCCGGCGCGCGGCCCUCCACGAAGUUUACACCGAGUGGGCACAGAAGCAGCUCGUCCAGGCACAGUACUUCCGCGACCCCGCGCGCCUUGACCCGAACUUCGCGAGCCUCACUAAGCUCGUGCUCGUGCUCUUCCUCCAGGACGAGACCGUCGUCCCGAAGGAGAGCAGCUGGUUCGGCGCGUACGCCGUGCCGAACGACUCGGCGACGGAGGUGGGCGCGCAGCCUCAAGAAAAGACGGUCGUCCCAAUGCGCCUGCAGCCGCUCUACAUCGAGGACUGGAUUGGGCUGCGGACGCUGGACAAGCGGGGCGCGGUCGUGCUCGAGACGUGUGAGGGUGAGCAUAUGGUCCUCACAGACGAUUGCUGGCAGCCGCUCGUCCGGCGGUUCGUAGGCGGCGAGACCGCCGAGCCUGAAAGUGCAGACUUAGAGCUGGGUUGGGUUGGUGGUGAGUUGGUGGUGCAGGCAUGAGGCGUCGAGAACGCGGAUGAUUGUAGGUGCUUUGUUAUACUGUUCUUGGUUUGUAUUUGUAUGAUUUCUUGGUGUCGGAAGUGUCUGUAUGAGUAUCCCGAUUUGAUGCAUCCUCGCUACCUGCUGCCGAACGGGGGGACACCUUUCAUAACCACUCACUACAAUGUCACCGUAUGCGUCGUUCAAAACUAGUCACCCAAUCUGAUCUCAGCAGAGCAUGGGGGUUGACUGAUUUGAUGGGAAUCAACCUGUUGACCUAGUCUCACUUAUCAACCCCCAUUAAUUACACAGGUGUGCUCUCGCCAUCGACCUACGGGUCCACCUGUCAGCCAUCCACCCCGUCGGUCGACCUAGGACGCACUCACCCCAAUGACGGCCCCCGAGAC